GGAGGGAACCCCGAGGCACCAGAGGCUGGCGACCUCGCCUGCCUGUCCCAGGCGCCAUCCCUAACUCCAGACGUUACUCGUGCCUACUGUGUACCUUGCCGAACUCCAGCCCGGAGAGGGACCCGCUUCCCAAGUGCGCGAUGCGCUCGGGACAUUGGGGAGACUCGGAAGGCUUCCUGGAGGCGGUGACUUUGAGCAGAGCCCUAAAAAGGAGAUCCCUUCAUUCACUGAACGAAUAUAGGCACCCACUGUGUACCAGAUCUUCGGGGCCUUGCGGCCUCGUCCUGCCGACUUGUACCAAAAUUGCUAGGGCCUCGCUCCCCAAGGGUGCGCCCACUCAACAGAAGGAUGCCAACCACAUCGGGGUCCAGGGUCUUUACAAAGAUCCCUGUGGCCUCCGCCUGCUGACCCCCGUCAGUACCAGGGCAGGGGCGCGGGUGCCCAGCUCUCGUCAAGGCCCGCUUCUGCACACAAGGUGCCCAGAAGGCGACAGCUCGGCCCGCAGCCCCCGUUGGAGCGCGGGCGGGCGCGGACUACAUCUCCCAGCAUGCCCCCCGCGGCCCCGGAGCGAGGCGAGGCUCAGUGAGUCAGAGCCGCACAGUAAAUAUUUGUAUUAGCCGGAGCCGGCUCGCUAAUGGUGGACGCGUGAAGCGGAGGAGAGCGCGGCGGCAGAAGGCCGGAGCGGGCAGCGCGGGGGCGCCAUGUCCGUGAACAUGGAUGAGCUCAAGCACCAGGUCAUGAUCAACCAGUUCGUGCUGACGGCGGGCUGCGCUGCCGACCAGGCGAAGCAGCUACUGCAGGCGGCCCACUGGCAGUUCGAGACGGCCCUCAGCGCCUUUUUCCAGGAGACCAACAUCCCCUACAGCCACCACCACCACCAGAUGAUGUGCACUCCUGCCAACACCCCCGCCACGCCCCCCAACUUCCCCGACGCCCUCACCAUGUUCUCCCGUCUCAAGGCCUCGGAGAGUUUUCACGGUGGUGGCAGCGGCAGCCCAAUGGCCACCACGGCCACGUCGCCCCCACCGCACUUCCCCCACGCCGCCACUGGCAGCUUUGCAGCGCCCAGCUGGCCCAUGGUGGCCUCCCCCCCAGGUGGGCCACAGUAUCACCAGCCGCAGCCGCCCCUGUGGACUCCGGCACCCCCUUCACCGGCGUCAGACUGGCCACCCCUGGCCCCCCAACAGGCUGCCUCAGAACCAAGGGCCCACCCUGCCAUGGAGGCCGAGAGAUAAGGGAGGCCCCUCCCCCCUCCCGGAGGCCAGGACCCCGUGGGGUGGGGGAGAGGACGUCUCUGUGGGCCCCUUCACCCUCCUCUGUCUGCACCCCCAUUCCCUGGAUCCCUGGAGGGGAGAGACGGGCCCCU